GAGACGGCGGGGUCUGAAGCCCUCCUACUUCUUCUUCACGCCGCGGCGUCGAGGCAGGCCAGGCUCCACCUCCGGCAGUAAUCCCCGCGUUGCCGUCGCUGCUGCUGCUCCUGCUGCGAGGCCUGAGGAGAAAAAGAAGAAGGAGGAGGAGGAGGAGGAGGGAAAGACGGGCCGGGAGGGUCUCCGCCUGCCCGCUUCACCGUCAACCUCCCCCUGCCGCCGCCGCCGCGUCAGGCCCGUGGCUUCUUCGAGCCCGCCCUGCGCUCGCCCCGGCCCGGCCGCUGCCUCCUGCAUGUCUUUCUCGCCCUCAGCCCCGCCGCCUGAGCAGCCGCCUCAGCCCCGUCGAGAGACGCCCCGGGGGCUGGAUGCAGACUAACAGGGAUGCCAAAGGAAAAAUAUGAUCCUCCAGAUCCUCGCAGAAUAUAUACCAUCAUGUCAGCAGAAGAGGUAGCCAAUGGGAAGAAGUCCCACUGGGCAGAGCUGGAAAUCUCGGGUAGAGUGCGCAAUUUAAGUCCAUCGCUUUGGUCACUAACACACUUGACAGCUCUCCACCUCAAUGACAACUAUUUAACUCGCAUUCCACCUGAUAUUGCCAAGCUUCAUAAUUUGGUUUAUCUGGAUCUCUCAUCCAACAAACUCCGUAGUUUACCAGCAGAACUAGGAAACAUGGUUUCUCUCAGGGAAUUGCUUUUAAACAACAAUUUGUUACGAGUUUUGCCUUAUGAACUUGGACGGCUCUUCCAGCUACAAAACCUGGGUCUGAAAGGCAAUCCUUUAUCACAAGAUAUUCUCAGCCUCUACCAGGACCCAGAUGGGACACGUAAAUUGUUGAACUACAUGCUUGACAAUCUAGCAGUUCAUCCAGAGCAGCUGCCUCCAAGGCCAUGGAUUACGUUAAAAGAGCGAGACCAAAUUCUGCCCUCAGCUACGUUUACUGUCAUGUGCUACAAUGUAUUGUGUGAUAAAUACGCUACCCGACAGCUCUACGGCUACUGUCCUUCCUGGGCUUUAAACUGGGAAUAUAGAAAAAAGGGAAUCAUGGAAGAAAUUGUGAACUGGGAUGCAGAUAUCAUUAGCCUUCAGGAAGUAGAAACCGAGCAAUACUUCACCCUCUUUCUGCCAGCAUUAAAAGAGCGUGGAUACGACGGAUUUUUUUCUCCAAAGUCACGUGCCAAAAUCAUGUCUGAGCAUGAGCGAAAACAUGUGGACGGUUGUGCAAUAUUCUUCAAAACCGAAAAGUUCACACUGGUGCAGAAGCACACGGUCGAGUUCAACCAAGUGGCGAUGGCCAACUCGGAAGGAUCCGAAGCUAUGCUGAACCGAGUUAUGACAAAGGACAACAUCGGAGUUGCGGUUGUGUUAGAGGUGCACAAGGAGCAGUUUGGGGCAGGUAUGAAACCACUUCAUACAAUGGACGGCCAGCUGCUUAUAAUAGCAAAUGCCCAUAUGCAUUGGGACCCUGAAUAUUCGGAUGUAAAGCUUGUCCAGACGAUGAUGUUUGUCUCUGAACUUAAGAAUAUCCUUGAGAAAGCCUCUGGUCGUCCCGGAAGCCCAACAGCAGACACAAAUUCCAUUCCUAUGGUGCUGUGUGCAGAUCUGAACUCACUGCCUGAUUCAGGUGUUGUGGAAUACUUAAGCAAUGGAAUAGUGGCCGACAACCACAAAGACUUCAAGGAGCUGCGUUACAACGAGUGUCUCAUGAACUUCAGUGGCAAUGGAAAGAAUGGGGCUUCUGAAGGAAGAAUCACUCAUGGUUUUCAACUCAAGAGCGCCUAUGAAAACAACUUGAUGCCUUAUACUAAUUACACUUUUGAUUUCAAGGGUGUAAUUGACUAUAUUUUUUAUUCCAACACUCACAUGAAUGUGCUUGGUGUCCUGGGGCCUCUGGAUCCUCACUGGCUGGUUGAGAACAACAUCACUGGGUGCCCCCACCCUCACAUCCCUUCCGACCACUUCUCACUGUUGACUCAGCUCGAGCUCCACCCUCCAUUCCCGCCUCCGGUCAACGGCAUCCAUUUGCCAAACAGGAGAUAGCGCUGCUCUCCCUGGAGGGCAGGGACACCCCCCCCCCUUUGUCCCUUUGUUUAUGGACUUGUACAGUUGUAAAUCAAAGUCUGUAGGAGUGAAGUAUGGCCAACCUUUUUAAUAGCUGCUGCUUCAUGCUCCUUUCCGUUUUCGUGUGUGUUGACAGUACAAUUUUGCACAUUUUUUUCGGUGCAUAUUGGUACCACUUGGCACUAGGGCUGGAACCAAAGUUGUUGUUCGUUCCCUUUUUCAAUGGGUUUUUUUUUUCCCUUUUUGGUUUCGUUCUGAAGGUACAGACCCAAAGUAUAGACAGAGAAAAGGCGGUGGGCUUUACGUGUUUUUAACAGAAAGCUGCCUUAAUCAACAGUCAAAUCAAAAAGGAGGGAUUUGCUUACAUGUAUACAUCCAUAGCUAAAGUUUUUAUAAUCCCCCCCCCAUUUUUUUAAUCAGUCAUAGCCAGAUGAGUCCUUCCCCCUGCUCCCAAAUCACUCUUUUUUUAAAUAAAAUAAAAUUCCCCUGCACUAGAUUAGACAACAUAUAUUGGCCCCGUAGGGCAGCUGUUUCUCAACCUUGGGAAUUUAAGAUUCUCCCAAAAUGACUUCAGGGCUGACAAUAUGGACUUCAACUCCCAGACCACCUUAAAAUUCCCAAGGUUGAGAAAUAUGGCUGUAAGGGAAUUUGUGUAUCAUUGGAAAUAGCACUUAACUGUUUUUAAUGUUGAUUCCGAGUUCAAAUUUGUUCACUUCCCAUUUGAGCUAACAAAGUAGCAAGAUGUUAGUCUUCCUGCCAUUUUAAAAAAAAUAAAAAAAAUUGCUCUAUGCAGGAGUGAGCUUUUCCAGAAAUACCUGAUGGUAACUGGCACUAAGUUGCCAGGGUGUUAUGCCCUGCUGCAUCACCCCCAUUUCUGAACUCUUAAAAACUUGCAUGCUCUGAUGUGAAAUUCACCGAAUCACCUCCGUUUGCACUAAGGGGCAAGGAUGAGUCUGAACCUCUGGCUUGAAGCCAUGUUCUCUACCAGGAAAGUAAGAAAGUGUCUUUCACUCGAAGGGAAUGACAAACUGGAUCACUUCAGAGAAACACAGGUAGCAAGACGUGGGAACCACAAUAAAUUCAGGACAUCCAAUUAAAUCCUGCAUUUAAAAUCGGUGAUGAGAAUCUUUCUGCGAAAAUGUCCACCGUAUACAAAGAGAUUCCAACCCAAACUCGACCCUUCUUUUAUUUUUUUUUUGUAAAUUAUAAACCCCUUCCACUCCCCUUUUAAGGUAUUUUGUAAAGAAAGGUUAGUAGAAGUGAAGUGGGAGAUAAAUGUUUAGUUCCACCGGAUUUUUUUUUUCUCGGUGCAAUUUUUUGUUUCGAUACAAGAAACGAGAAUAAUGUUCACCUAACCAUUCCCUCGGCAUUUUUCCCUUCCUUUUUUUUUCUGAACCCUUGUCGCCAAAUAGCCAUGUCAUGCUUUUAAUUCUUUUUGUUGUUGUUUCUUUUCUUUUUCUUCUAUCAAGUUAGGUUGGUUUGUUGUUGUUUUUUUAAAAAAGGGAACCUGCUUGUUUGUUCCCAGCUGUUAAUUUUCUUAUUUUAAGAAAUUUUUAAAGCAUCCUCUUGCGUGCAUGUGUGCUUCUGGUGGCCAUUUUAAAAACCUUUUUUUUUUCCCUUUUCUUUUUUUCCAGAGGGUGGAAAAAAAAUUAUUAUUUUAAUGCCAUCUCUUUAAGAGAGAGAUGAGGUUUUUAUCCACUCAGGGCAACUGCUAUUGUGAUGGGUUUGAGCAGAAUAUUAGGGCUUGGCUCUUUCAGGACAGGAGAAGAGAUACUAAUCAAGCAAGAUGGUGGAUGUCUGCUCCUUGGAAAGGGGUGCAUCUUCCAUCUUGCCUGUUUUGAUCCGUUGCACCUGUCACUGCUGCCUCGCCGUAUCAGCGAAAGAAAAACAUUUAGCAGUAAGGCCCUAAAUGCAGGGGUGGGGAAAUGAUGCCCCUUUUACGACUUGUGGACUUCAGCUCCCAGAAUUCCUGAGCCAGCAUGGCUCAGGAAUUCUGGGAGUUGAAGUCCAUAAGUCGUAAAAGAAGCGUGUUUCCCUACCCUCCCCCCCUACCUUAGUGGGUAGAGUUACACUUCAUUUUUUUCAACAGCAGCAAACAAAAGCAAAUCUGUUUUUAUGUUUUGGGGUAUUUUCUGCUUGCUGCUAUACGAGAUUCCUUGAGCUUAUAUUUUAAACUUUUCAUGCACUUUACUAUUUCUAAUCUGGAAAAAAAACAUGUGAUAUUUUUAAUAAAUGAGGUUUCCAUUAUGUGAAUGAAAAUUUUUAAAGGAGCUAUGUUUGUCUCAUGAAUACGCUAAAAAAAACCAAAAAAGGAAAAUAAAAAGAGUCAAGUAGUUAAUUUUAAAUCCUAAGGAACCGUUCGCUACGGUAGCCUUUAAGGUAUCUCCUUCCCCUCCUUUCUGUUUGACUAACUGUGUCUGAAAUAACAAAAGGGAAAAGAGAAUCGGGCUCCGGAUUGUUCCCUCUUGCUUGUUAAGAGGGAUGGCGGUGGAGCGGGAUGAAUGACUGAAGAAUGCAAUCCACUUUCAAAAGGAAUUCGUCUCCAUCCAUUGCAACUUCUUGCUGCAUUAAACAUAGUAGAAGAAAAAUAUUAAGCAGAGCAAUAGUCCUUCAAUAGGCCCAAUCAUCCUGUGGCUUAAGCACUAACUUUCUUGGUUUGGCUGUUCUUGCAAGUCGGUGCAGCUAACAAAACCUCAAGCCGCAUGCUCUGUGGUUUGUUUAACGGCGGUAUGUGAACCAGGAAUUCUGUUAUUUCUGAGUUUCUUUUUGUGGCUGGUUCCAAGGGAAACAAGCUAGAGUUUCGGAUUCACACAGUGCAUUAAACAUAUCCCCAGAGGUGCAGGCCGAUUCAUUUCCGGCUCGGCCUUGUUGAAGCUGAACAACUCUCGUGUAAGAAAACUCAAAAAUGACAGCCGCACUUCAGAGCAGGACUUUGGUAGAGCCAUCUGGCCUUUCAGUGUGUUCUUUUUACAGAUCACUACCCCCCCCCCCCACUGUUGGCUCCCUUUGGUGGAGGGAAGGAGGCAUCUCACUCACUGCACACCAGCUAACAGUUUUCAAGAGCAGCUCUGUUUUAACCUGCCCCCCCCCCAAAAAAAGGCUAAAAUCGAAUUAUGAAGCAUGAGAAGGUUUCUCUCCUUUCAAAGAUCACAUUCCCCCACCUUCAGCAUUGGUGCAGGUAUUUUCUCUUACAUACCUCAAAAAACAAAAAGGGUUCUAUAUAAAAAUGGCCAUGUAUAUAGAUACAUUAUAUAGAUAGAUAGAUAUAAAUGGACAAGCCAAUUACGAUACAGUACUGGGAAGUCA